GUCUCUUAUUUUCUCGUCGUGGCUUUCUUCUUGCCUUUCGACCAUCGUGACAGCGGUGGCUAUUUAUCGUUUCAUUCAGCUAUUGUUUUGCUAUUUAUUGGGUUAAACCCGUGUUAAUUUACGUUUAAUAACAGUUGGUGAUGUGCUGAAGGUAAAGUGUGAAAUCCGAAGCUGCUCAGUGAGCUUUUGUCGUGUUUGCUUUGUUACGUCAACAUUAAACACGCAAACAGAAGCCAACCAACAACGGGGGCGUAGUCUCCAGCAGACGCAAAGCACAGACCAACAUGGACCAUCAUAUUUCAGACUUCCACCGAAGUUCAAACUCGCUAGAUUCAGACUCCAAAUCCAGUUCGCUCAACUCGAAACACGGCAUGGACACAAUCGUGGCUAACGAAUCGCCGUUUACCUACUUGUCGGGAGAGAACAUGCAGGAUAUUAAAACCGAUGUCUCGUACAUCUGUCCCUACAGUGGACCCGUUGUCGGAACAUUAACAAUUACAAACUAUAGAUUGCACUUUCGGUCGCAGCCCGCUAGCGAUAAGGAUCCGGUUGUAAUUGUAGACUGCUCAUUGGGAGCGGUGAGCCGAAUAGAGAAGGUCGGCGGAGCGAGCUCAAGGGGUGAGAACUCGUAUGGGAUCGACAUUUUCUGCAAAGAUAUGCGCAAUCUUCGAUUCGCCCACAAGCAGGAAAAUCAUUCCAGACGGACGGUUUUUGAAAAAUUGCAGCUGUACGCAUUUCCGCUGGCCAAUAAUGGGCAACUGUUUGCAUUCAACUAUAAGGAAAAGUUUCCCGAGGACGGUUGGAAUGUGUACGAACCAGUGGCGGAACUUCGCCGGAUGGGUGUGAACAGUGCUAAUAAUGAUACUUGGCGGAUUACAAGAAUCAACGAGAAGUAUGAAAUUUGCGAUAGCUAUCCUUCUGUUUGGGCCGUUCCGAAAUCGGCUAAGGAUGACAUACUGAAGCAAGUUGCUAACUUUAGAUCUCGAUAUCGUCUUCCCGUGCUGUGCUGGAUUCAUCCGAAAUCGUUGGCGACGAUUACACGCUGCUCGCAACCUUUGGUUGGGGUGAGCGGUAAACGGAAUGAUGCCGAUGAAACUUACAUCAAUUAUAUAAUGGAAGCGAACGCCCAAUCGGAUAAGUUGUCCAUUUUCGAUGCUAGACCCAAUGCCAAUGCAAUUGCAAAUAAAGCGAAAGGUGGCGGCUACGAAUCCGAAGAUGCGUACAAAAAUGUCGAGUUGACGUUUCUUGACAUUCACAACAUCCAUGUUAUGCGUGAAAGUUUACGAAAAUUGAAGGAAAUUUGUUUUCCUGCUAGCGAUGAUCAGAAAUGGCUGUCGGCGGUAGACAGCACACUUUGGUUGAAGCAUAUAAAGUGUAUUUUGGCCGGAGCGGUUCGAAUCGUUGAUAGAAUAGAGAACAUGCGCAUGUCGGUGGUUGUGCACUGCUCGGACGGAUGGGACCGCACCUCCCAAUUGACUGCCUUAGCUAUGCUUCUGCUGGAUCCUUACUAUAGGACUUUAAAAGGUUUUGAAGUAUUAAUUGAAAAGGAAUGGCUUAGUUUUGGUCAUAAAUUCGAACAGAGAAUUGGCCAUGGUGAUAAUCACCACUCGGAUGCCGAUCGGUCCCCGGUGUUCUUACAGUUUAUUGACUGUGUGUGGCAGAUAACGAAACAAUUCCCACACGCAUUGGAAUUCAACGAAUAUUUUCUCAUAACCGUUCUGGAUCAUCUGUACUCGUGCCGCUUUGGAACUUUUCUAUAUAACACGGAACGAGAACGGGUACAAAAUGAUUUAAAAACUCGCACCGUCUCGUUGUGGUCUUUCAUAAAUUCCUCCCAUGAGCAGUAUCGCAACCCACUGUACGGCGGCCGUAAUACGGCAAUCCAGCCGGUGCUGAAACCGGUGGUCAGUAUGCGACACAUUCGUCUCUGGAAAGGGCUGUACUGUCGGUGGAAUCCGAGCAUGCGACAGCAGGAUCCUAUUUAUCAGCGAACCCGGGAACUGUUAGCCAUGCAGGAUCAGCUGCUCAAACAGGUGGAAGACUGUCGGCAGGAGAAAAACCAAAGGACGCAUACACAAAAUAGACUAACUUCGCCGCUGCAUUAGGGCUGUUGAGUGUGCAUUUCGAAUAUUGUUAGCGUGCAGGUGAGAGUUCAGUAUACAUCAGUUGGAAAGUACUAUUUUGCACCGCGAAUAAAAUGAAGUGAUUAGUAAACAAAAGUUUAUAAUGGCUCAGUAUGUUCACCUCUUUUUUAUGUUUUGUUUAAGCUAACUUAGAAUACUAAUCUGAUUUUCGGUUUGAAUAGAGCCAUAAUGCAGAAAAGAUAUAUUCGUUUAAGACGUGAUUAAUGUCUAUACUUCAACUAACGCUACUGUAUGUCACUGCAUGCAAGUAAUUACAUUAUUAUUUUUAGAAGAAAGUUGUGCCUGAGACACAACCGAAUUUUUGACGAAAGGCUGACUGUUGGCUAGAUACCAUGAUAAUUGUCUUUGUUACUUUAGAAGCAUAAAGUUGUGCACCAAAUAGCUACUAGCGAAAGAAUCGUUUGGUGCUUUGCAUAGCAAAUCAUAGUUUGCUGGUUUUGGUUCCUGGGCAGAGCGGAUUCUAUUUUCAAAAAUUGAUUCGUCCUGAAAGAUGGUUUAUUUUUUGUAAUGUGGAUGGUGAAGUAUUUAUAUAUUACAAUGCGACACCACUGCGAGCACUCCUUCAUAAUAAAAGUCAUGAAAUGUUAAAGUAAGAUGACUCCAGGUUUUGUACAGCUAUUAAUUACAUUUUCUUUAUUAAAAUAUCAAAUCGACGAUUUCUUGGUGAAAGCUGAUGAGCUCUUUUUGUUAAAUUGUUAAAUUCAGCCUAUGCUGCUGUCUGCUACCAGUGCAUGGUAAUGCAAAGUAAAACAUAGAUUAAUGGUGUAACAUUGUAUGGUCUUUGCUGGGAGUGUUAAAAAUGGUUUAUUUUUUCCCGAAUUCAUAAUGACGUGAUGACAAACAAUGUCUUGUUAUUGGCAUCAAUAACAAAAAUACGAAUCGAUUGGUGCAUAAUUCUCGAUAAUGAAGUCAUUUUUCGACUACAGAGCUGCUUAAAUUCACAUUUUUCAUUAAAACCCCGCAGAAAGAAGAUAUAAAUCAUCCAAAUCACACAAAAGAGCAGAUGUCAUUUCUUAGAGUUUAUUUAAAUUUUUUACUGAGCUUGCUAAGUAGUUAUUGACGGUUUUGUUUCAUUUAUAUGUCGGCUAUAAGUAUGACCUCUGCAUUCAAACAACGCAUGAAACACCUGAUUUUAGUCAUACCAAGCUUAAGUACUGCUAGAUUUAAGUCCAAAUAUGUAUUAUCUCAGCCUAUCGGUAAUUCUAUACUAUAUUUAUCUUCGAACAAAAGUACAUAAUAAAACAAUAGAAUGUUUCUCAUCA